GAGUGUACUUUCAUUUUGACAACACGGUCAUGUGUCAGACAUGGCUGUGCCAUUCUUCAAUGACACACGGUAUUUUAGCUUUAGUGUAAAACUUCUGUUAUCGGAAUGUGAAGACGCAGCGAAACCUCCAGAAAACACCCAGGAUAUUGCUUCUGAAUGGAGUCUCGGGGCAGAGAUAUCCUCGUGGUUGAGGAAAAACAUUUUUUAUAACGAGAAAGUGAAAGUUGAUACCUCAUGUUCGCUGAUCAGAAGCUACCAAGGAGAGCUGGACAUAUAUAGUGGAUUUAUUCUUGCGUGCAUUUUUGUAAUUUUCUUCACGUUAGUGCUGCCCUUAACUUUCGUCAAGAUUUUGGAUUUCUUUGAUAAGAAGUCGUGGAGAUUGUUAACAGAACAGAUAACUAGGCCUAGUAAAGACGAUGAUUCCAUUUCUGAAGACUUGGAUGCUAAUGAAUACAAUGAAACAGCUGCAACAAAACCCACAUCACGGGAAUUUAUUCCUCUCUCUCACACUGCUUCUUACUCUGGGAAUACAUUUACCCCCAGCUGUGACCUCCCAUCAUUCCUGAGGCGGACCGUGGAUUGUCUGUUCCAAGAGCUUGACAAACUCUUGAUAGGAAGGAAUCCGCCUCAACAAGAAGGUCCUCUACACAGUACGGUGACUUCUUCCGUCCGUCUACCACGCCGAGCCUUACCUAGAGCCAGCGGAAGGCAGAACAGUUCCCCUACAUUGUCCUCACAGAACAACGAGGAUGAUACUGAAGCUCUCGCCUACAGAGAGUUCCUACAUAAUAUAGUAUACAACGGCACUUGUACUCAGAUGAUUGACAUCCCAGAAUCUGUCCAACGGCCACUGCAAGGAAAAGGUAGAAAAUUGAUGGACUUCUACCUCAAUUGCUGUAUGGUCAGCUUUGAGGAGGUUUGUGUGUCAAACUUAAUAGUUAAAUAUACCAUUCACCUUAUAGACAAAGUUCUUAAAACAAUGAAGCCAUAUAAUGGUAUCAGAUAUAUACAGUGUUGUCCAACCGGAAGCAUGCUGAAAGGCACAAAGGUUGGGGCUGCAAAUCAAAGUGACUAUUUCUUUGUAUUCCAAUGUACAGAGUUUGGACUGUCGUCUUUUAUUGAUCACAGUAUAAAUUCAGAUAUCCCACCUGGUAAACUUGUGUUAAUUGUUGCAGAAAGUGAAAACACUGAAGAGGACCCAUCGAAGCUUCUUAAACCAUUUCAAAAUAGAAGGUGCAUUUCCCCUCAAGAGUUCCUCAACUCCGUGUGUGAACUGACUGACAUCGCAUUACAAAAACUGUACAAAGAGGGAAGACCAAUGAUUGACCGCUUACCCUUCAGAAUUCAGAGGACCACUAGCCCUGGCUUAAACCUGUCUCUCGAUACAAGGAACGUCAUCGGAUUCCAUAACCCUGAUAUUAGAAUCCAGCUGAUUCCCUCCCUACUGUUAAGUUCAAACAAGUGGAUCAACCCAGUGAAUCUCUAUGCUGUUCCCACUUGGUCAAACAUAGACUUAAAAUGCAAAGUGACCCCAAGAGAUCGAUACAGCACCUACCCACCACAAGCCAGCACAACUCACGAUGUCUUCUGGAGCAUGUCUUUUGGUGAGCUAGAACAUUUAUUUCUCAACAAGGUGGAUCAGAAAUGUUAUUAUAAUGGGGUCUAUGGGUGUCAUAGAAUUGUUAUUCAGAUUUUGAAAUUUUUGUUUGCUCCACAGUCCAAGAAGACAUUGCUAAGUAGGGGAGAAGUGACAUCAUAUAUGAUAGAAACAAUUGUGAGUUACAUGUUAGUAGACAGUAAAGCUGAACAGUGGGGAAUAGAUAGCCUCUCUGAUCGUGUAUCUGAUGCUGUAAACUUUCUGAAGAGAGCCCUUCAAAAUGGCCGCCUUCCCAACUUCUUUAUCAACAAUCCACACCUCACUGGCGAGUCUGAAUUUCUGAGACAAAUCAAACUUUUGUCUCCUGGGAGACAAGACAACUUGCUAGGAAACGUGAACACAGACACACUGGGUAAAAUGAUGAACUUUGUGAACAGCAGAUUAGCGGAAUUUGGUCUGGAAAACUGUGUCAAAUCGGAGUACUCAGAAGACAUGUGGGAAUACGAAUAUUUUGUGUUUUUGUGAGUCGAUCAACUUUAAAAAAUAAUUUGCUUUUAAAUUAUUUUUUGCUAUUUUUUGUACAAGAUCUGAUAUUUAUUUAUUGCAUUUAUUGCCUUUUGUGUUCAAUAUUGUCAAGAUUAUGUUUUGGUGAACGGUGAUAUCGGUUAAAUUAAAUAAACACACUUCUUAUAUUCACUUGUUCAUGUGUUUAUAAAAAGGGCACCGAUGUUAGCGUUUUAAUACUGUUCUUAUUGCUAACACUCCACACAACGC